GUUCCGUUCCACAGUGAGAUUAGGUUCCCAUUCCCGAUCCAGUUCCAUUGACCCAUCCCUACUCCUCUUUGUAUUGUUAAUCUGAAAGGAGUGGAAAAUUGGCUUCACUUGUGAGAAUUGAUUCUCAAAAAUGUUGGGAAAACCGUCUUUGAAAAAUUUGACUUCUAACUUUGGAAAUCCACCUCCAAAACAAAAUGAGUUUUUACAGACUCUUGGUACUCCUCACAUAGAUUCCUUCAAUUAUAUGUUAGAGAAAGGUCUCAGAAUGAUGUCAGAAACAUUAGAGCCCGUUGAGUUCGUCUACCAAGGAGCCAAUGUCCUGUUUAAAAUAUCUAGAGUAUCCCUUCUUCCUUCUACCGUUCCAGCAAACGUCAUUGGUGUGAAAAAUAAUUUAGUGUGGCCAACAGAGUGUCGCCAAAGAGCAGUAUCCUACUGUGGUCGAUUACUUAUCCAAUUUCAUUGGGAAGUUGGAGGAAUAGAACAAACUCCAAUUGAAAAAGACUUAGGAGCUCUCCCUAUUAUGAUCAAAUCAAAUGCAUGCCACUUAGCAAAUCUUUCUCCAGAACAACUCAUUGAGCAUGGGGAACAUGCUGAAGAAUGGGGAGGCUAUUUCAUUGUCAAAGGUAACGAGAAACUUGUUAGAAUGUUACAACUGACCAGAAGAAACUAUCCCAUUGCUGUGAAACGACCAACAUGGAAGCAAAGAGGAGUUUUGUUUUCAGAUCUAGGAGUUUUAAUGCGAUGUGUUCAAAAAGAUCACACUUCAACUAAUAAUGUGUUACAUUUUGUCACUGAUGGAACUGUAAAAUUAAUGUUCAGUGCUCAGAAAGUACUUUAUUAUGCUCCAUUAAUGCUCAUUGUGAAAUGUUUGGUCAAUUUUUCUGAUGAGGGAAUUUUCAAAACAUUCAUGGAUGGAUAUGAAGAUGACCAAUAUAUGAAAGGGUGCAUUCAGAAUAUGUUAAGAUUGUUACAUACUGAAGGUAUCCAUUCAUCAGCGGAUGCACGUAAACUUGUUGGAAGAACCUUUAAAGUGAAGUUUUACGACAUGCCUCCACAUUUUACGGAUGAAGAUUAUUGUGAUUAUAUAAUCAAGAACUGCGUUUGCAUUCAUUUAGAUUCAUACAUAGAUAAGUAUAACUGUCUGACUAUGAUGGCACAGAAGUUAUUUUGUAUGGUUGCUGGUAAAGCAUCUAUUGAAGGUGUUGACGGUGUUAUGAUGCAAGAAUUAUUGUUAGGGGGACAUUUAUAUAUGCUGGUUUUAAAAGAAAAAUUGCAGAGUUGGUUGAGUUUUGUAAAAUUUAACAUCCUUCGAAGGGAUUCAAAGCGUUCUCAACUUAAUCAUGAUGAUAUGAUUUAUGUAUUGAAGAAAACUGGUUGUAUUGAUGGUUCAUUUGAGAACUUUUUGGCAACUGGCAACAUAUCGAGUAAAUCAGGAUUGGGAUUGAUGCAAGAUAAAGGCUUAGUGAUAAUUGCUGAAAAUAUUAAUAGAAUGAGAUAUAUGUCACAUUUCCGUGCAGUCCAUCGAGGAGCUUUUUUUAAAGAUAUGAGAACUACCGAAGCGAGACAGUUACUUCCUGAUGCAUGGGGUUUUAUAUGUCCGGUUCAUACUCCUGAUGGAUCACCUUGUGGUCUUUUGAAUCAUUUGACUAAGGAAUGUCAGGUAACUAAGGAGCCUGAUGAAAAACUAGUUUCUAAAUUACCGAGUUUGUUAGUUUCUCUCGGAAUGCAGCCUUGGAAUGCUUCUGGUAAGAUCCCAAACAAGCUCUGUUAUGUUACAAUGCUCGAUGGUCGUGUUGUUGGACAUGUGCCAUACAUGAUUGCAGGAAGAGUGGUUGAUAAAUUGCGACUGCUUAAAAUCAAGGGAGAAAAGGUCCCCAACACUCUAGAAAUAGUUCUUGUACCGAAAAAAGAUAUCGCUCACCAGCAUCCAGGCCUGUUCCUUUUUACUGGGCCUGCGAGAAUGAUGAGGCCUGUUAUGAAUCUUUCCGUCAAUCAGAUUGAAUUGAUUGGAACUUUUGAACAAGUCUACCUGGACAUCUGCAUUACCCCUGAAGAAGCCUACAAAGGUAUUACUACUCAUCAGGAACUAUCUAAAACAAGUUUUCUCAGUAACUUAGCAUCCCUAAUACCAAUGCCUGAUUGUAAUCAAAGUCCGAGGAAUAUGUAUCAGUGCCAGAUGGGAAAGCAAACAAUGGGUACACCAUGUCACAAUUGGCGUUAUCAAUCCGAUUCUAAAUUGUAUUGGCUCCACACUCCAGCUUCACCUUUCUUCAGGCCAGCUCAUUACGACCUUAUUAACCUUGACGAGUAUGCUAUGGGUGUUAAUGCCGUAAUCGCUGUCAUUUCAUAUACUGGGUAUGACAUGGAAGAUGCCAUGAUAAUAAACAAAGCAUCGCUGGAAAGAGGUUUCGCCCAUGGAUCGAUUGUAAAAUCAGAAUUUAUCGAACUGAAAUCUGCCAGCUCAUAUUUCGGAUUGGAUCCUAAUAAACCACACUUGGCAGAAUUUUUAGGAGAGGAUGGGUUACCGUUUCCAGGUGCAAAAAUCACUAAUGGCCAACCUUAUUAUUGUUAUUUUGAUCAGACCAUUUCAAAAUUUACUGUUGGCCUAUACCCCGGUAAAGAAGAUGUAAUAAUUGAUAACGUUAAACUUUGUGGAAUGUUUCCUGGUGGAAGAGAUGGAGUCACAGCAAAAGCAUGCAUCACGCUCAGGAUUCCGAGAAAUCCCUCAGUUGGCGAUAAAUUUGCCAGUCGUGCUGGUCAAAAGGGUAUUUGCUCCCAAGGUUGGCCUCAAGAGGAUCUUCCUUUUACAGAAAGUGGAAUCGUACCGGACAUCGUUUUUAACCCUCAUGGAUUUCCUUCUAGAAUGACUAUUGCUAUGAUGAUUGAAUGCAUGGCUGGCAAAGCGGCAGCAUUGCAUGGUCAAGUUCACGACGCAACACCUUUCGAAUUUUCUGAAGAGGACACAGCCAUAGAGCAUUUUGGCAAAUUAUUACAAGCAGGAGGAUAUAACUACUACGGAACAGAAAAAAUGUACAGUGGUAUAAAUGGUUGUGAAAUGAAUGCUGCCAUAUUUUUUGGAAUCGUCCAUUACCAACGUUUGCGGCAUAUGGUGUCUGAUAAGUGGCAGGUAAGGAGCACGGGGCCGACAGAUGUCGUUACAAGGCAGCCAGUCAAAGGUAGAAAAAGAGGAGGUGGUGUCAGAUUUGGUGAAAUGGAGCGCGAUUCUUUAAUAUCUCAUGGUGCUUCUUUCCUGUUACAAGACCGUCUCUUCCAUUGUUCUGAUAAAACUAUGACUCUCAUCUGUAGAACGUGUGGAACGAUUAUUGGACCUUUAUUUAUCGAAAAUAGCCGCUGUGAAGAUCAAAGCGAUAAUGAAACACUCAGGUGUAAAUUAUGUGAUUCUGCUGGUAAAAUAGAGAAAUUGGACAUUCCUUAUAUUUUCAGGUUUUUAGUGGUCCAACUGGCAUCAGUUAAUAUAAAAUUGAAAAUAAAGCUGGAAGGAAACACCAUUUAAUCUCUAUAAUAACAAAUGUAUAUAGUGUAUAUGUUUUAUUUGUUAACUAUGUUUAUUGUUAAAUGUGAUACUGAAUACAUUAUUGUUGUAAAUGUGUUUUGAUUUUUUAUUAUAAGAUAUUGUUAUUUUCUUAUCUUGUAAAAUAUAAAAAAUUUAUUGA